AUGAAGGAUUAUGAACAAAGCGUAGCUUUUCUGGGUCAGUGGGGACAUUUCGAGCAGGUUGUCUUCUUCCUGCUCUGUGCCAGCAUCUUGCCCAAUGGAUUGAGUGUUUUCUCUGUUGUCUUCGUGACCGACACUCCCAGUCACCACUGCCUGGUUCCUGAGGUCAACCUGACCCAAGAUUGGCGCAAUGCCAUCAUCCCCAUAGAGGUGGUGAAUGGGAAACAGCAGCUCAGCAGAUGCAGCAGGUUCAGGCGGGGAUUCAUUCCUGGGAGGGACGUCAACCUCACUGACCUGGAGCAGGAGGGAUGUGUGGACACCUACCAGUCCACUAUAGUCACUGAGUUUGACCUGGUGUGCCGAGAGCAGUGGAAGCAGCCAUUCACCAUAACAAGUUACUACCUGGGAUUUCUGUUUGGAUCCUUCUUCUCAGGACAGCUCUCAGACAGGUUUGGAAGAAAGCCGGUUUUCUUCGCCACCAUGGCAGCUGAUGAGACAAAGACACAUCCAAAAGGACAUCACAAUGUCUUCAACCUGCUGAGGACAAAAAACAUCCGAAACACGACACUCAUUCUGUGCCUGGUGUGGUUCACUCUGAGUACCGGAUAUAAUGGCCUGUCCCUGAACACAUCCGGACUUCAUGCUAACCCCUACAUCAGCUGCUUCCUCUCAGCAGCUGUAGAGGUACCAGCAUACAUUUCCACCUGGCUGGCGCUGCAAUACAUCCAACGACGGCUGUCUGUCGUUUGUAUUUUGCUCCUUGGAGGACUGUCGCUGUUCUUCAUUCAACUGGUGCCUGAAAGUUCAUCAGAGCUGUCUGUUGCUCUGGAGAUGCUGGGUAAAUUUGUCGUUACCGCCGGUUCAGCCCUGAUGUAUGCCUACACGGCAGAGCUUUACCCAGCGGUGCUCAGGAACACAGCGAUGGGGACAUGCGCUACUGUUGCCAGAGUGGGCAGUUCCCUUGCACCUUUUUUGUUACAACUAAGUGGAUACUUUAAGUACCUGCCUUAUAUUGUAAUGGGGACUCUGGCUGUUGUGUCUGCCAUUGCUGCUCCCUUCCUGCCGGAAAGUUUUGGACGACCUCUACCUCAAACUAUCGAAGAGAUGCAUAAGAGAGAAAGGUGGGUUCCUUAA